AGGGACUAGUGCUCCUAAAUCCAUCCCCUGAUUCAAAGCAACUAGCUUCGCACUCAUCCUCCUGGACUUCCAAUUGACAAAAGGAAAACGCGCACAUCGCAGCAGGAGAACUCCAACAGAAACCUGCCCUCAAUCUCAGCGGCGCUGUCACACACUUGCACACAGAUAUACAAACACAUUCACAGCCACACACACAGCCGUGCGCGCACACACACACAGACACACGCGCGCACUGAAGAGCAAACAGUCUCUCUCUCUCGCUCGCAUUCGCUCACCCACUCUCCUCUCCCUCCCAUCCACACACGCACACCACUACAGUAUAUCAGCUAGCGACUGGCAGGGAAACGGAGGGGAGAGCAGAAAUGAAUGUGAAGAUCUUGACGCUGGUGAUUGUGCUGGUGGUUUCUCUGCUGUGUUCAGCCAGUGCUGGUCCAAUGGCCUCCACCGAGCAUAGCAAAGAGAUCGAGGAGGUGGGCAGCAUGAGGACUCCUUUGCGGCAGAAUCCCGCUCGAGCCGGCCGGAGCCAAAGACCCUCUGGCUGGAGGAGGAGACGCCCUCGACCCCGCCUCUCCCAUAAGGGGCCCAUGCCAUUCUAGAGCAAGGCACAGCUUAGAGUGCCCUCCCCCUUGGUUCUGAUUUCUAUGCUCUUCCUUUGCCUUGGGGGGCCUUGCAACAAGGGGCCUUUGCUAGCCCAGCCUGAAGAGUGAUGUCCAUAGCACCUGCUGGUUCUUCAAGCAACUCUUCUUCUGUCCACAAAAAACCAGGACAAGCCACUCACCCUCAGCUCUACGAAGAUUUGUGGGCCGGGAACGGGGGUGGGGGGUAUUGAGCCCGAGCUAUCAGAUUCUGUCUCUCUCUGUCUGUCUCUCUCCUCCUGUGGUUUUCCUCAUUUGCUUUCUAGAGCCCUUUCAUGGCCACACUUUGCAUGAUGUGUGAGCAGUGGGGAGCCUGGUCCAAACAGUUAUAGUCCGAAAGCGUCAGUUUCUUGUCCGAGAUGUGCUAGUCCCAUUCUCUCCAGCGUGAAGGUGACCACAGCGCUUUGUCCCAUUGCUACGUGUUGGCAACUCUUGGCUUAUAAAUAGUGUUUAUGAGGGAAAUAAAGAACACGGCUAAAUGUUUGAGCCCAAUAUGGCCCGGUCAGCAACGUACAUUGUUUUUUUUCCAAUUUCAUCAUCUGCCUACAACAAAGAUGGUCCAUUAGCAUAAUAAUAGUAUCAGUGAGUUGAUUUAAAUGACAAAUUAUUUCACAUAAUGACCUAAAAAGCAGAAAAUAAGUUUAAAAGAGAUAAGAACGCGAAUCUCCAGAAUGUGCAUGUAAAUGUAAUCAACGUUAUCUGGUCAGUUAUAAUUGCCGAUUAUAUAAUUGACUCUGAAAAUGUCAAAUAACUAUAAUUCAUUGGCACAUCUGUGUUAAACAGCUGGAUUAUAUCUCUUCGUGCUGUCCAAUGGCCAUUACACAUCAUCCCACCAAUGAGCCUAAGAGUUGUCAGGCACCCGAAGCUUAAGGGUAAAGCCACAGUGUCUCAUUAUCGAAAUCACACUCCACUUCCAUGAGCGUGAGAUCAUCGGUCCUGAGCCCUUUUCUCCUCCCCCAUGACACACACGCUGCUUUACGGCAGAGAUACAUGACUGUUAACUGGCCAGGGUGAUCUGCUUCACACGGCGGACCAUCUCUCCUUUUAAUGAAGUGCCAAAUAGCAAAUCUACUCCACAGUGCUGCCAGGAGAAGAAAAGUAAACAUGUUACCUCUUAUCUCGGGGGAAGCAUAACAUCUAACUACAUGUAUGCAUUUUGCCAUAUGUUUGAACAUCCGAUGUAAAGGCAAUGGUAGCAUGGUUUGAAGACAUUAGACCAAAAAGAAAUUUCCUUACAGAUCUGACGAUUUAGUCCCCUAGACUGACAGAACUCGAUGCCUUUAUUUGACAUCAUACUGGAAAUGAUUUCUUGUUUGGUUCUCAUUCUCUUGUUGUUAUUUUGUGUUCAAUUUCAGUUCAUUUCUCAGGGUGCUGUGACAGAAGCCUGUAUGGUUUAUAUUACACGCAUUUAUUUAAAUAAAAAAACACACAUUAUUUGUAUCCACACCAUUUAGCUUCAUGCUUAUGUAUCCGUCACUUUAGCUAUGUUUUUACAAGCCAUUUUUGUUCUCUCCCCAUUGGGAGCAGUUGCCUUUUGAGUUUGAGCCUCUUUAGCACAGGUGGCUGCGAUGGUUAUUAAAGCCCAGUACUAAUUGAUUUUCCAACUGAAAUCUCUAAUAGAGCUCACAAAAUUGGCACAGAAAGACCAUGGUAUUCAACUCAUUUAUGAGGUAACAAUCGAUAAAUAUGAGCAACUCUUGGCUUGGCAUCGUCAAUGCUUUCAGUAAAAUACAAAUUUUGAGAGGAGGCUUUUAUGAGACUGUUAGCUAGACUUUUUAAUUAGACAUUAAUGCAAAUCAGCAUUUGAGUCACUCCCCCCAUUUCUCUGUGGAUUUGAAAAAAAAAAACAGAGUCGCCGCUAAUAUACCACAAACAUGGCCUUGCGGCAAAAAUCAGCUCUUCAUAAGAGAGUGCCUAAAAACCACAGUGGUAAAACACCCAGCCAAGCUCACCGCGAUUAAAAAUGGAUCAAAUCUUUGGGCACCGUGAAUACUAAUAAUUCCAGUCACGCCAUGAUUAUUUUAUACCCUCUCAGACAGAGAUGUGGGUUUCAUUAACGCUUUCUCAGAACGAUAGUGCUCCCGAGAGCUCUGCUUCAUGGAUCAGUAGGUCAGAACGCAGAGAAGUUGCCGUCUGAAGAGUCUGUUAGAGGUGCAGAGUAACGCCUGUUGUUCAUGAAUGUAUCUUCACCAUCCUCAACACAGGGCAACGUCGAGCAGUGUUUCAGUUCAGUUCAAGCCUUGAAUCUUGAAACAAAAACUAGCCCGUCACUGCUACAUACGACAACCGACCCCGAUCCCCCUUCCAGCCGAUGGUGAUCGUUAUCCGUUUCAUCAAACAUCCAAAGACAAAUAAUAUAACAAAAUCCAAAGCUUGUUACAGCAGAGACCCCUAUCAAUCACUUGGCUUUCCUCCAACAGCUCUCUGUACGGACAUGCAAGGCUGCACUUUUGCAAUUCCAUUAUGCUGCUGGAAAAAUAAAUCCUGAAAACAAGUCUUUUGGCAUGUAAUGGUUUUCCAGUGUCUUGUGACAAUUAAAUUGACUGAUUCUUGUCUAGCUGGUUGUCCAAAGCUUACUUUUUUGAUAGAGUGUGGAAAGCUGUAUUUUAUUUUUUCUGUGUGUAUGGUCGUAUAAAAGUGUACAAAAAGUAGUCUGCCGCACAAUAUGUCUGUCGUGGACACAAAAGAGCUUUCUCGCUUUCAUUUGCCAGUCCGCCGUCCCCAUUAAGAUCGUCCAGACUCAAAACAGCAAUGGCAAACACAUACGUUAAACUUACAGAGCACAAAUCUUUUUAUAUGAAUGAACUCACUCGCUCAUUCCUACUCUAUCAUGUGUUUCUGCCCAAUUUGUCCUAUGCACUUGUACGCACGUUCCACUUAAUUGUUCAGAGGGUAUUUUUAUGUUUGAGCACAGACCUUUGCGUGGGGGAAAUGGAUCCAGAAUGUGUUUGUAUGUUGAAAACAGAGCUGUGGAAAGUGAAACUAGGUCUGAAGCGAGUCCCCUUUGGGUCUUAAUCAUUUAAAGAGGAACAAAUACAAAACAUAAGAUUGUGAUUGAUUCAUCGCAUUGUUUUUAUGGAGACAUUCAUUACAGAAAGAGAGACCCGUUUGGCUGCUUGUUUUCGAUUAGCCUGUCACGGUGCAUGUAAAAUGUGGGGACCAGAUCGAGUAGCUGAAAUUCAAUCCCAACACUCUCCCAAACGUUCACCAAAUGUUUGGGACGCUAAGAAUGAUCUGAUUCAUCUGUUGCUUCGGAAAAAAAAAAAAAAACACCUCACACCCAUAAAGAGCUCUAACCUCCAUCCAUAAACACGGCCUGUUUGUUCAGCACACCCAUCCAUUUUCAAUCUCGAAAUCGGUAGUCAGGCCUGGCAUUUCAACAGUAUUAGUGGGCCACGUGAAAAGCAAGGUAUUAUUAUUCCUCCUCUUUAUUCCUGUUGGAGGUGUGUGCUCAUCAAACUCACCUGGCCAAAUGUACAGUCCCUGUCUCUGUUUUGAUGUUGACCUGGGCAAAAACAAAUGAAAUAAAUAAAUGAAUUAAACAAGUGUAUCAGAAAUGGUUGAAAUACUGUGUACAUAUUUGAACUUUUGGUUUCUAAUUUAUAAAAGAUAAGCUUUAGCUCUUGGAGUACUUAUUUUAUUUGAUUUUCCUUUCAUGCGUAGCUUUGUGUUUUUAUUUUCUAUUUCUGUAAAGUGUGUAAAUAUAUCUUUAUG